AUGAAUGUGUUACCUGAUUACAUAUUGCUUGAUAACAACGUCUAUCCACCUGCUUCUGAUACUUUUGCCCUUUCAGAUGCCAUAUCCAGUGAUCUUGAGACCAUAAUAGCUGUAAACCCCACUCUUAUACUAGAGGUUGGAUGUGGAAGUGGUUACAUAUCCACCAGCCUAGCUAUGGCACUAAUUAAACAUGGAAUCCACACGUUUAUAUUAAAUUCUGACCUAAAUCCAUAUGCUACCUUAAUGUCCUUAGAUACUGCUAAAUUGAAUAACACCAACGCAUAUACUGACGGAGUAAGGGGGUCACUAGUGGAAUGGACGAAUUCUGAAUUUGACGUUAUGAUAUUCAACCCACCCUAUAUACCAUGUCAGCAAUUUGACCAUAUUUGCUCGUCCAUUAAAUGUUGUAAUUAUGAUGAUUGCGGUAAAAAAUUGAUCGAAUUGUCAUACAAUGGUGGCCCGGAUGGCAAUGUAACCAUUAACAAAUUCCUAUCUACUUCACUGAAUAAUCUGAGUCCAACUGGACUUAUCUAUCUGUUGCUAGAGAAACAAAAUAACCCAGGAGCAAUCAUAAAAGAGUUAGAGCUAAUGGGAUAUAUCGUAAAGAUAUUGUUAACUCGCUAUUGUUACAAUGAAGUAUACACUAUUAUUCGUAUUUGUAAAUAUUAG